AUGGAUACCACGUCACCGGAUCCUUACAACGGCCAGAAGACGACGAAUGAAACAACCGGCGACGGCGGAGAUGAUGGCCUGGAUCAACGGCUUCUAGCCAAGUAUCGAGAGGUUCUAGCAAAAUUUGAGGGGUUUGAAAUUCUGUGUAGAGAACUUGGGUACCCACUACCCAUUGAAUAUGCUCAUCCUCGAGACUUGGCUAGGGUUCGGGAUAUGAUUGAUGAUUUGAUUCGUGCCUUGUCUGAGUUGAAGGCCAUGCUCCUAGCCGGUAAAUGA